AUGCCCACCUCCGUCAUCGCCCCCGAUCUGUCCUUACAAGUGCGAUCCGAGGAUAGAGAUCAUGAAACUGCAGUAGACACUGGAACAUUGGAGCUAAUAUUGGAAAUCCACCACUAUCAUCGUCAGACACUACCAACCCCGUCACCCCCACGUCCGUCAUCACCCCCGAUCAGUCUUUACAAGUGCGAUCCAGUGACAGAUCCUGAAACUACUGUAGACACUGGAGCUAAUAGUGGAAAUCCACCACUACCAUUGCCAGACACUGCCAACACCGCCAAUCCCAUCAUCGCCACCGAUCAGUCCUUACGUGUACGAUCCGGUGAUAGAGAUUCUGAAACUGUUGUAGACACAAGAGCUAAGAACACCGCCAACACUUCUAACCCCAUCACCCCUACCUCCGUCAUCGCCACUGAUCAGUCCUUACAAGUGCGAUCCAAUGACAGAGAUCCUGAAACCACUAUAGACACUGAAGUUAAUAGUGGAGAUCCACUGCUAUCAUUGCCAGACACCGCCAACACCGCCAACCUCAUCACCUGCACCUCCGUCAUCGCCACCGAUCAGUCCUUACAAGUGCGAUCUGGUGACAAAGAUCCAGAAACUGCUGCAGACACUGGAGCUAGUAGUGGAAAUCCACCACUAUCAUCAGAUCCUGAAACUGUUGUAUACACUGGAGCUAAUAGUGGAAAUCCACCACUAUCAUCCCCAGACACUGCCAACACCGCCAAUCCCAUCACCCCGACCUUCGUCAUCACCACCGAUCAGUUCUUACCAGUGCGAUCCAGUGACAGAGAUCCUGAAACUGCAAUAGACAUUGCGGCUAAUAGUGAAAAUCCACUACUAUCAUCACUAGACACUGCCAACCCCAUCACCCGCACCUCCGUCAUCGCCUCCGAUCAGUCCUUACAAGUGCGAUCCCGUGACAGAGAUUCAGAAACUGCUGCAGACACUGGAGCUAAUAAUGGAAAUCCACCACUAUCAUCAGAUCCUAAAACUGCUGUAGACACUAGGGCUAAUAAUGGAAAUCCACCACUAUCAUCGAUAGACACCGCCAACCCCAUCAUCCCCACCUCCGUCAUCUCCCCCGAUCAGCCCUUACCAGUGCGAUCCGGUGACAGAGAUCCUGAAACUGCUGUAGACACUGGAGCUAAUAGUGGAAAUCCACCACUACCAUCGCCAGACACUGCCAACACCGCCAAGUCCAUCACCCCCACCUCCGUCAUCUCCCCCGAUCACAAUGGAGUUAAUAGUGAAAAUCCACUACUAACAUCGUUAGACACCGCCAACCCCAUCAUCCCCCCCUCCGUCAUCUCCCCCGAUCACAAUGGAGUUAAUAGUGAAAAUCCACUACUAACAUCGUUAGACACCGCCAACCCCAUCAUCCCCCCCUCCGUCAUCUCCCCCGAUCAGCCCUUACCAGUGCGAUCCGGUGACAGAGAUCUUGAAACUGCUGUAGACACUGGAGCUAAUAGUGGAAAUCCCCCUCUAUCAUCGCCAGACACCGCCAACACUGUCAAUCCCAUCACUCCCUGCUCCGUCAUCGCCACCGUUCAGUCCUUACAAGUGCGAUCCGGUGACAGAGAUCCUGAAACUGCUGUAGACACUGGAGCUAAUAUUGGAAAUUCACCACUAUUAUCACCAAACACUGCCAACACCGCCAAUCCUAUCACCUCCACCUCCGUCAUCGCCACCGAUCAGUCCUUACAAGUGCGAUCCGGUGACAGAGAUCCUGAAACUGCUGUAGACACUGAAGUUAAUAUUGAAAAUCUCCCAUCAUGGUAA